GGACACACCUUCCGUCUCUAACGCUAGUCCCGGCAAGGAGAGGAGGGACGGCGUGUCCUCUGCUCCAUGGCGACGGGCGCUCAGGAAAUCGCGUCAGCAUCCGCUGGUGCCGCUUGAGCGAGGGCAAGUUCAGUCACUCAGCCUGCUUGCCGGCAAGUCUCAGCUCCGCGGCCGGCUCAGAAGCAUUGGGCCGUCGCCUGCAGGUACGGCUCCGGAAGCUCAUGAUACUGAAUUUAAAUUGUGUGUCAUGGAUGAUGCCGCUUUGUCUCUUGGAGCAAUAGAUGUUUCCUAUUCAUCUUCCUCAGCAGAAUGUAUUGUCACUAGGUGUAAACACUCCAAUGAAGAAUGGGGAGAGUGCAAUUCUAGGCCUACUGUCUUCCGAUCAGCGACUUUGAAAUGGAAAGAAACUCUACUGGGCAGGAAUAGGCCAUUUGUGGGACGCUGUUGCUAUGUAUGCACUCCCCAAAGCUGGGACAAGUUUUUUAACGCUAGCAUCCCUUCUUUGGGCCUUCGAAAUGUCAUCUAUAUUAAUGAAACACACACACGACACAGAGGGUGGCUUGCCAGACAACUCUGUUAUGUUCUUUUUGUCCAAGAACGGGAUGUUCAUAAGGGUAUGUUUGGAAACAAUGUGGCAGAAAAUGUGCUAAACAGUGAGAGAGUGCAGAAUGCUCUUAUACAGGAGGCUUCAGAAAUAUCUGCUUUGGGCGGCUCUGGUCAGCCAGACCCCAGGAUCAUCAGCAAAGUCAAGAAGCAAGCAAAAAAGAUUGUGCAAGAAAUGGUAGCAAAUAUCUCUCCUCCUUUAAUCAGGUUAACAGGAUGGGUGUUGUUGAAAUUAUUUAACAGCUUUUUCUGGAAUAUCCAGAUUCACAAAGGCCAACUGGAGAUGGUGAAAGCAGCAACUGAGUUAAAUUUGCCUCUUAUCUUUCUACCUGUUCACAAAUCUCAUAUUGACUACCUGCUUCUCACGUUCAUUCUUUUCUGCCAUAACAUCAAAGCGCCAUAUAUUGCAGCAGGGAACAAUCUGAAUAUCCCCAUUUUCAGCACUUUGAUCCACAAGCUUGGAGGUUUUUUUAUACGGAGAAAGUUGGAUGAAAGGCCUGAUGGCCGUAAAGAUAUUUUGUACAGAACCUUGCUACAUGUGCAUAUCCAAGAGUUGCUUCGACAGCAGCAGUUCUUAGAGAUAUUCCUGGAGGGCACACGCUCCCGGAGCGGAAAGACAUCCUGUGCAAGGGCAGGCCUCUUAUCAGUAGUAGUGGACGCUCUGUAUUCAAAUGCUACUCUGGACAUACUUAUUAUCCCCGUGGGAAUAUCCUAUGAUAGAAUCAUUGAAGGUCACUACAACAGUGAACAGCUGGGAAAGCCCAAGAAGAAUGAAAGUCUUUGGAGUGUAGCCAGAGGAGUCUUUCGAAUGUUGCGGAAAAAUUAUGGCUGUGUUAGGGUAGAUUUUGCUCAACCGUUUUCUUUAAAAGAAUAUAUAGAUGGCCAAAGCCAGAAACCUGUGACUAUCCCUCUUUCUUUGGAGCAAACUCUCUUACCGGCUGUACUACCUUCAAGGCCUGAUUAUGUGGUAGAAGAAGGUACAGGAGCUGCACUUCCUGAUUCCAGGGAUUUGUCCUGUGAGCCAUCGAGGAGACAGUUAAUAGCUAACUUGGCAGAGCACAUAAUGUACACUGCUAACAAGUCAUGUGCUGUGAUGUCAACACACAUUGUUGCCUGUCUGCUGCUCUACCGACACAGGCAGGGAAUAGAUCUUUCAAAGUUGGUGGAAGAUUUUUUUUCCAUGAAGGAGGAGGUUUUGGCUCGGGACUAUGAUUUGGGAUUUUCAGGGAAUUCCGAAGAUGUUGUCAUGCAUGCCAUCCAUUUAUUGGGAAACUGUAUAACUAUCACAAACACCAGCCGGAAUAACGAGUUCUUCAUCACACCGAGCACAUCCAUUCCCACUGUCUUUGAACUCAGCUUCUACAGCAAUGGAGUACUACAUGUCUUUUUCAAAGAGGCCAUAAUUGCUUGCAGUCUUCAUGCCAUACAGAAUAAAAGGCAUAGAAAUGGCAUUAAUGGAAUCCCACCUAACAUGAUUAGUCAGGAACAAUUGGUCCGCAAAGCUGCUAGCUUGUGUUAUUUGCUUUCCAAUGAAGGCACUAUUUCACUGCCCUGCCAGCUGUUAUGUCAAGUGUGCCAUGAAGCAAUCGAACGGUUCAUACAAUAUGGCAUUCUUUUGGUAGCAGAGCAGGAUGAGCAGGAGGAUAUAAGCCCUAGCCUUGUAGAGCAGCACUGGGAAAAGAAACUCCCAGAGCCAUUAUCUUGGAGGAGUGAUGAGGAGGAUGAGGACAGUGACUUUGGUGAAGAGCAGCGGGAUUGCUACUUGAAGGUGAGCCAGUCCGAGGAGCACCAGCAGUACAUAAUCUUCCUGCAGAAGCUACUAGGACCUUUACUGGAGGCAUACAGUUCUGCUGCCAUUUUCAUACACAACUUCAGCGCUCCUGUCAGGGAAUCUGAAUAUCUUCAAAAAUUACACAAAUACUUAAUAACAAGAACAGAAAAGAAUGUUGCAGUCUAUGCUGAGAGUGCCACCUAUUGCCUCGCAAAAAAUGCAGUGAAAGUCUUCAAGGAUAUGGGGGUAUUUAAAGAGACAAAGCGGAACAGAGAUUCUAUUUUGGAACUAAGCAGUACUUUCCUACCUCAUUCUAAUCGGCAAAAACUACUGGAAUUCAUUCUGGGUUUUGUUGUACUGUAGAAUGCACCUGUUGACUUUGUCUGCCAAGCAAGAAGUUGGUAGGCUUGGAGAAUGUGACACAAAGCUUCAGGGCUUUUGCUGCUUCCAUGGUGUGUAUAAUGCCAUUUGUGGUAAGGCCUUAUCUGACCCAAACAAUUGGAAGACAAGUGCCUUCUUACAUACGCAUGUCUGGUUUGGUAACCAAGUCAAACACUUACGACAUCUUGGAUGCAAAUGACAAACCAUUUUGUGCAAAAACACACACAACUGCUAGUUUUUAUGUGAACCUGAAUCCAGUGUUACAUUUAUUUCAAGACUAACGACUGUGACAAAUGCACAAACAUAUAUACCAGCAAUCAGCAGUUCUGAAUAUCAUUUAAAUUGUGUGUAAUGUGGGAACUUUGCAAAAGCCUCCUCAACAAGUUGACAAGUUAUUGUGAGAAUUUUAGGAGAACUGAAUGUAGCUUUUUUGAGUGGGGAGCAUUUGAUCCAUUGUGUUGAUUACUUUGGCAACAUGCUAAAUAAAUAAGAAGAGUAGUAACUGCUAGUAUCUCAUUAAGGAUCAACUGAAUAGCCACCAAUGCCCCACAUGUAUAGUUGUAGUGGCAGAAUGAAAAAAUAUUAAGGUAUAUUUAUAUUUCUCCCUGACAGAAACAGAGAAGUGAUACAUUAGAGUAUUAAGCAUCUGGACUACUUGUAUUAUGCACGAAAAUUACAAAGACACUUGAUUUUGCCUCUAAAUCAAAGGUUGGCAUCAGUUUGCUAUUUGCUAGUUUUUUGUUCUCUAAAAUAAUUGUAGUUUCACCUCUCUAAACUAGUUCAUUCUAAUAUUGAUUAAUUUUGGGUGGGAGAGUGAUUCUAGAAAAUAAAAAUCUUGUAAGCAAAGGCUGCUCAAGCAGAUGCAUAGCAUGGGCUUAGAUGUCUGUAUGACUGUGUUUUAAAAUUAAGACUGCAAUCCACUUGAGUAAACUUAUAGAAGUCUCAGAGUGGAUUCCAGUAUGAGAUCAGCAGAUUCACUCAUUUGAUACUAACUGAAGCAAUAAGCAUGGCAUUUUGUUAUUAUUUAUUUAUCUUAAGCCUUUCCUUCACUCCUUUUUUUUUAGUUGGGAGCUUGAUCAUGAAAAUACAUGUUAGCUGCCAGCUUUUUUUAUAAAGCAUGCCUAAAUGAUAACAGCAUUGCACAUUCACUCCAGCACAGAACUUCUGUGCAGUUUUAGGCUGUGUGUUUACUUCACAAUUGUUAAAUGUAUUUUUUUCUACAACUAUGGAUUAAAGCAAUUAAUGGAUCACAAUGUUUCUUAUCAGUAUUCCCAUGUAACUCCCUAUGAGAGGAACUGCUAUGCAUCUUAUUACUAAUAGGUUCUUUGAAAAUGUUUAAGAUGAAUUUCUGAACCAAAGUUGCAUCGUAUCAGUGACUGCAGCAGGCAGUAAACAUGAAUUAAUUAGUUUGUUCUUUUACCAUUUCCAUCCGAAUAGCGACUGAAAUGAACUCAUUUGUUCUAAUGAAGCAGUCUAGCUACUUGGUGCAGUUACAUCUCAUCCUUGCUAAUGUGCAUUAUUUGUUUAAAACAAUGUAUUCUCUGAAUAGCAAUUUUUAAGGAUUGUUGAUGGCUUCCAUUUUAAGGUCAGAUAAGUAGGUGCUUGUAAAUAAAUAACUUCCCUUUGUUUUACCACACUUCAGUAAACAUUUUGGUGUAUGCUAGAAUGAAGAUUGUGUAUUUUAAAAAAAAUACAACCAAGCAGAUGAUGCUUGGCUAAUUUUAAUGAAAUGUUCUAAUUUUAAAGAAAUGAGGGGCUGGGAAUUAGUUUGGACACUAGAAAGUAAUAGUUGGCACUCAUGAGAAUAACUUAUUACAUUAUUGAAAUGUUUCUUGAGUGCAGCAGUGUGCAUUUGAACUGUGUUAAUAUGUGCAGUAUAUUGUAAUUGCUGGAUGUGAGGGGAUGCUUUUAACCAUAGACUUCAUAAAAGAGAGACUUUGCAUGUGGGGAAAUGUCAAACUGUGAACGUUAUGCUAGAAUGGGGAGAGGUAUUCUCCUGUGGCAUGAAUGUGGAUAUGCACAUAUUUGCAUGUGGGCUGUCAAUGCUUUUCCACAAAGGUAAAACACAAAGCUGUUUACAUUAAAGCUACUAAAUAAAAUUCUGCCUUUAUGGGGUUUAUUUUUAAGCCCACAGUAGUUUUGCUGAUAUAUGUAAGGCAAAGCUUUCACUUUUUUAAAAAGUUAGGGUCAUCUAAUUCUGCAUCUAUAAUAAAACUGGAUAGCGAUUGGUACAGCUGAACUCCCAUUAGUACAAGUUAGUAUAAAGACCAACAUUCCACUUACAUCCCUGGACUUUUGUUUGUUGGCCAAUAUGUAGAAUGGGUUCUCCUUAGGGAAUGGGCAAUGUGACAUUUUGUAAUCCCAUAUGAAUAAUUUCUUAAGGCUAUACAGCUAUCCUGCCGCAGAAACAAUUUCAUUCUAAUACUUUACAGUCUGAAGUGCAACACUAACUUUUUUAACCAGUUGCCUUGCCUGUACAGGUGUUUUGUUUUUUAGUAUUUGCGUGACAUUUUCAACAACAAAGGGCUUCAGGACAACAGUAAAAUACUGUAGCUGCUCUAUAUUUUUGCUUGUGAAACCAGGUACUAUCUUGGAAAAAGGUUAACCUGUUUCUUUUUCAAUGUAACAUCUCCUUCUGUAUCUCUUGUAAGAAGCACAGAGCUGCAAAGUAAUUUUAUUUUAAUAAACAGUUUGAAAUUG